AUGCAAUCUAUGCAAGAUGGUAAUCUCAGAUUUAUCAUGCAUUAUCAAGAUCAUCUGACCAAGUUUGCUAUACUGCGAGCACUAACAUCAAAGUAUGUCUCAGAAUUCGCCUAUCAGCUACUGGAUAUAUUUUUACUUUUUGGUGCCCCACAUAUCGAUAACAGAUAUGAAUUUACAGCCAAUAUCAUCAAAGAAGACAUGAGGGCAGAUUGUACAAAAGUUCAUGGAAAACCUCGACAUCCUCAUUCACAAGAAGGUAUCGAAAGAGGAAAUGCAGUUAUUAAAGAUAUGCUGGUUAUCUAG